AUGGCAACCAAUAAUCAAAUCACCCGCUAUCAGAAUCCUCAGCCUGACGACCAGAACCAGUACGGUGCCCAGAACCAAUACGAUGAUGCCUCGGCCUCGCAAAAUCUUGUGUCCUACUACUCUACUCCAUAUCCACAUCAAUACCAAACUGAUCGACCAGAUAGCCAAUAUGGACAACUAGCACCACAAAAUCCUGAAACUUUCCAACAUGCUCGCCCAAAUCAAUCACGAUACCAAAGCCCGCCGCCAGAGCGCAACGAAUAUGCUGAUGAUAGAACAACAUCUUCCCGGCGUGCUCAUGAUGACCAUGGAAGACCUCGCCGCCCAUGGGAAAAACAAGACAGGGCAAGCGAUACACAGAGGGUGCUGGAAAAAGGAGCUGGAAAUAUAGUUCCAAAGACAAAGAAACGAAAAAUUCUCAAAACAGAAAGAGAAAGAGAAACUAAACAUUAUGAACGGCAGCAGGAAGAAAGUGGUGAAGCGCCGGUUGAUAGACAGGGGAGAUCACGUGGAGAUGUUGAUGAUGGAAAUCAUUGCGGAGAGGAAGAACGAGCUGGAAGAGUUCACUGGGGAUAG